AUGGCAUCUCCGCUCUCUACCGUCGCCUUCUGCAUAUCUUUCCUCAUUGGUGUGCAAAUUGCACGGGCGCAAACUCCGAAACUCUUGUCAAUACCUAUCAAGCAUAUCGACAAUGCCGGUUCAUUCGUUCCUCUCAUCUCGAUAGGAGUCGGUACGCCGCCGCAGUCGAUAACAGCAGUUUUGGAUACGGGAAGCAGCGAUCUCAUCAUCCCAAGGACUGGCAGUCGUAUAUGUCAGGACCAACAGCAACAAUGCUCCGGCACUCUUUUCGUCACUGGCUCAUUCAACACGGACGAAGAUAGUAGCCUUAGAGAUGUCGGUGUAGAAGUAAACACCGAUUUCGCUAAUGGUGCUGCGUUCCGAGGGCGAUUCGUUUCUACCGCAUUGACACUUGGGAAGCAGACCAUAUCUAAUGCGCAGCUGGGAGUCAUCGAACAAGGUUCCCUACCAGCCGACACUCCACUGUUUCCCAUCUUAGGUAUCGGACCUGUUGAGAAUGAAGUCGUCCGGCCGACUUACCAGAACGCGCCCGCCAAACUCAAAGAUGCUGGUAUGACCGACGCCAAUGUGUAUGGUGUUUACAUGAAUGACUUCCAAGGCUCCAUUGUGUUUGGCGGCGUUGACACGGCAAAGUUCCAAGGUCAGCUCCAAGAUGCUGGUUCGUUCUUGCUGAACAAUAAUGGAGUCGCAUCGAAAUUUGUUAUCAACUGGAGCUCCAUGCAGUUAGUGGGCGGCGACUCAUCUGCUUCUGGCUCCAAUGUUGAUCUAGCACCACGAGGCGGUCUACCCCCGGUACUGAUCGAUACCGGAAACCCGGCACUGAACGUCCCCUCUGCCUCACUCCGCGCCAUAGCUAUGGCUGUAGGUACGACGUUCGAUGAGCAGGCCGGCCGGCUGGGUAGUGUGUCGUGCGACCUAGGCUCUCGAGAGGAGAGCCUUUCAUUCGGUUUCAACAAUAACCGAGCGAAAGUCAGCACCCCUUUGGCUGCCAUGCUGGUACGCGACUCGUCCUCAAGCGGCACCCGGUGCUAUCUACCGAUAUUUCCUUCGGAUGGAGACGAUUUCGCGAGCCUGGGUGCCCCAUUCAUGCAAGGGGCGUAUAUCGUCUUCGACCUGGACCAGAAGAGGAUGCUUAUGGCAGAGGCGAGGAUGAAUGCCACUGGCUCGAAUCUACAGACUUUAGACGUAUAG